AAAGAAAUCCAUCUCAUCAAAAAAUCAAAAUCAUUUUGUAUGAACAGCCAUCAACAUCAACAACAAAAGUAACAGUCUUCACCGCGAUUUCUUUAUUAUAUUAUUUUUUUUGGGGGUAAUGUAAUUCGAUUUUUAGUUGAAAGUUCCAUUACCAUUUCGUCUUUCAAUAUAUGUAUCUGUGAAUAUAUGUGUUUAGAGAGAGAGAGAGAGAGGAAAGAGAGAGCAGUGCGGUGAGAGAAAGAAAGAGAGAGAGAGAGAGACAGACAGGAAGAAAGAAAGGGCUCCAUUUUCAUGGUUGAAUGAGGAGUAAAGCUAACAACUUUAUCGCAUUUGCCUGCUGAGAUAUAGCAGACAUUAUUAGGGUUUGCUUCAAACCCACAAAAACCCUUUUCAGUUUUUCCUCUGAAAGGGAGAACCCACCAAGGAUAAUCAAGGAAAAAGGCCAACGGUGAAUGUGAUUGGAAAUGUGGGCAUAUGCAUAAAGUGAGAUUGGAUGAUCCUGUUUGGAUUUUGAAGAUCUCUGCAUUGUAAUUGUCUAGAAUUGGGAGAAAGCUAUUGGGUCUGAGAUUUUGAUUGGAGUUGGUGAUUGAAUGCUCUGAUUUGGGAUUUAAGGGCCGGAGUGCACUUGUGGAAAAUUGCGCCGAGGCUCUGCACUUUUAUUUCCAGAAUUGACAAUGAGGUCGGAUAUGCCUCUUGACUAUGCAUUAUUCCAGCUGUCACCGAAGCGAUCCAGAUGUGAGUUGGUUGUUUCCAGUGGCCGAUACACAGAGAAACUAGCGUCUGGAUUGGUGAAGCCAUUUGCUGCACAUCUAAGGGUUAUAGAAGAGCAGGUCGAAGCAUCUGUUCACUCCAUUAAGCUCGAAGUUGAACGGCGAAAUGAUGCUGAGACGUGGUUUUCUAAGGGAACACUUGAGAGGUUUGUGCGGUUUGUUAGUACACCAGAGAUUUUGGAAAUACCAAAUACCUUCGAUGCAGAGGUUGCUCAGUUAGAAUCAGCUCGAAGAAUAUAUUCACAGGGGACUGGAGAUCAGCUCUCUGGCACUGGUGGGGCGGGAUCUAGUGCCACAGCAGCAGCUGAUGCAACAAAGAAGGAACUUCUGAGAGCCAUUGAUGUGCGGCUUGUUGCAGCGCAGCAGGAUUUAGCUACAGCCUGUGGUCGCGCUGCUGCUGCUGGUUUCAAUCCCGACACCGUGAUGGACCUUCAAAUGUUUGCAGAUCGUUUCGGUGCCCAACGCUUAUAUGAAGCAUGCAGCAAAAUCAUUUCCUUGUAUGAGAGAAGACCGGAUUUGAUUGGUUCAUGGCAGAAGGCUGGAGGAGGAGACGACUGGGCUGCCGUCCGAUCCUCACAUGGGUCAGACAUGUCCAUUGAUGAGGAGCCCACCACUCCCCCUGAAAGCCAGCCAACAGGUUUCCAUCAACCUCACCUCAGACAUGAACAACAAAAACAAAGAGGACAAGACCAAGAAUCCAAAACCCCUUUAACAUCUCAUGAGCCAAAGCCCUCAUUUACCUCUGGGGUGAAGAGCCGGGAAUCGAGUGUUGAAUCUGAGGAAGUAACUAAGCAAGACAACUUGGGACCUGAGACGGGCAAGAACCAAGAAGUGGUUGAGACUCCUGAUCAAGCUCAAUCGAUCCAGGCGAGUCAACCAUCAAGGCGGCUUAGUGUGCAGGAUCGUGUGAAGUUGUUUGAGAAUAAGCAGAAGGAGACUUCGGGAAAUUCUGGUGGUAGUGGUGGUGGAAAGCUGGUUGUGGGAAAAUCCAUGGAGUUUAGGAGACUUUCUUCUGAUGUGUCGGCUAUGGCUUCUGCGGCUGCUGUAGAGAAGGCGGAGAGGGCGGUUUUGAGGAGGUGGAGUGGUGUCAGUGACAUGAGCCUUGAUUUGAGUUUUGAAAAGAAGGAUCUUGAAAGCCCUCUUUGCACUCCGUCAUCAUCUUCUAAGCCUGAGGAUCAGAAAGAUACGGCUAGUUCAAGUAAACUACCUGAGAUGAGGAUUCUUCCGGGGAAGGUAGAUAACAGUGCAGCUUCCUUUGAUAAGUCAGAGGAGGUUUCUGAAGGAUCCAAGUUGAAUUCCAGUUCGGCUACGGUUGAUAGUAGUGCUUUGAAAGAUCAACCAUGGGGAAGGAGUCAACCGAAGUCAUUUUUGAACAGUGCUGAGGAUAAUAGUCUGGCAAACUCUGGAAAAUAUUUGAGGUCUUUUUCUAGUUUUAAUACUGGGGGUGCCAGUGGGGCUGAAAGUCAACACAAGUUUAAAGGUUUCGAGAAAAGGGACGAGGCUGUCAAGAUGAAAGGGUCAGCGGCUUCUGAGGUGCAGGCUAAAGGAGUCUCUCAGCUGCAUGUUGGGUAUUUUAGUGGAAAGGGUGACACAAGCUCAGCACGUGAACCUACUCCGAUUGAAUUCAAAGAAGUUGGAGUCAAGGAUAAUUUUGUUUCGGAAAGUCACUUGAAGGUUCCUCAAGGGUCAUCAAUGCUAGAAGGAGGUCUGGGAUCAAGAACUGACGAAAACUUUAGUGGCCAGUAUAAAGGAAAUGAAGGUGAGAAUUCAUCUUCAAAAUCCAGGGUUGAGUUCUCUGCGCUGGAGACAAAGGAUGUAGAAAAGAAAGACUUGGCUUCUAAUCUUUUUGGUGGUAGCUCUGCAGUAAAGUCUGUAGAUUCAGGACCCCAAAAGACAAAGGGUGAUAAACAAAUUACUACUGCCUCUGAACAUGUGAAGAAAAACAAAGUUCGGGGAGAUGAUAACACUCCAGUUUAUGGAACUUACAAGAAUUCCCUUUCUAGUAAAAUUGCAACUGAUAUUCCAGAGGACUUUGGUUCUUUCACAACCCCUCCUCCUCCGGACCAUUCUCAAAGGAAUAGACAGGCAAAAGGAAACCAGGAACUCAAUGAUGAAUUGAAAAUGAAGGCUAACGAGCUGGAAAAGCUCUUUGCUGAACAUAAACUUCGAGUUCCUGGAGAUCAAUCCAAUCCUGCUCGGAGAAGUAGGCCCGUUGACAAGAAAAUUGAGCAGCCGGUCAAUUCGUUUUACAAACCCUCCAUAGAUGCUGCUGCUGUAGGGCAUUUAGAUGAUGAUAUCAGCCCGUCUACUGUUGCUGGAAGUUCAAAGAACAUUUCCAAGUUAAAUGAUGCUCCACUGGCUAAAACUAGUAGUAAUUCUUCUGAGCUAAAUGCUUCAAGUGGUUCUCGAGGGAAAUUCUACCAGAGCUAUAUGCAAAAAAGGGAUGCAAAACUGAAAGAAGAAUGGAGCUUGAAGAGAGGAGAAAAAGAAGCCAAGUUGAAGGAAAUGCAGGAUAAUCUUGAGAGAAGUAGAGCUGAAAUGAAGGCUAGAUUUUCAGGAGCAACUGCUGAUAGUCAGGAUUCACAGUUUAAUGCUCGUCGCCGAGCAGAGCGACUGAGGUCAUUUAAUACCCGGUCAAUCAUGAGAAGAGAGCAGCAGCAGUUAGAUUUUGGGCAAAGUGACAAUGAUGAAGACAAUGGCUCUGAAUUUCCUGAUCAGAAAUAUUAUGUUGAAGACAAUGGGCCUUUAGAUGAGGCUACAUCCUUCAUUGACGGUUUGUCUAGAAGUAGUGCACAGAGUAAGAAAAUUGUUCAGGCUAAGAACAGUUUGACUUCUUCUACACCUCGCUCAUCUGCAGCACCUGUUAAAGCUGCUUCUCGCGCUACUGUUAAUUCCAGCCGCCGCAAGUUGCAAUCUGAAAACCCUCUAGCACAAUCAGUUCCAAAUUUCUCUGAGCUGAGGAAAGAGAAUGCUAAGCCCUCUGCAACCAGUAAAAUGACACGAUCACAAGUGAGAAACUAUAACCGCAGCAAAAGUACGAACGAGGACACACAAUUUAUCAAGGAGGAGAAGUCAUCACGUCGACCACAGUCCCUCAAGAAGAUCUCGGCAAAUCCCGUUGAUUCCAUCAGAGAGAUUUCUCCGUUGGACUCUGAGGUGGUUUCACUGAAUUCAAAGACACUGAAUUCAAAGCCUUCCCGUAAAAAGGGUAGCAUAGAUUUUGGAGUCAUUGAUGAUUUGGUCUUUGAGACAGAAAACUGUGUGGUCGAAGAUGAAGAAGAAGAUCAAUAUGAGGCUCUUGAAACCAAAAGCUCUGGGGAAAAUGUUGUAAAUCAAAAAUCUGAAAAGGGCUGCUUUGGAACAAAAACCACUGUAGCGAGAACGUUUGAUGACAUGGACUCCUCAUUGGUGGUGGCUGAAUUGCCUGCCUCUGUUCCUUCGGAUUUGCAUCCAACUGAAAGUGCGCAUGAUUCACCCGGAGAGAGUCCCAUAUCAUGGAAUUCACGAUCUCUUCAUCCAUUUUCUUACCCUCAUGACUUGUCCGACAUUGAUGCCUCUGUUGAUUCCCCAAUUGGAAGUCCUGCAUCUUGGAAUUCACAUUCUCUUAGUCAAACAGAGACUGAUGCGGCUCGUAUGAGGAAGAAAUGGGGGGCAGCUCAGAAACCAAUGCUGGUUGGCGGCAACUCUUCCCAUAACCAGUCCCGCAAGGAUGUGACUAGAGGAUUUAAAAGGUUACUGAAAUUUGGAAGGAAGAGUCGUGGCACGGAAAGUUUGGUUGACUGGAUUUCUGCUACAACAUCUGAAGGAGAUGACGACACGGAAGAUGGGCGUGAUGUUGCCAAUCGGUCAUCAGAAGAUCUGCGGAAGUCGAGAAUGGGAUUUUCCAAUGGACAUCCUUCGGAUGAUAGCUUCAAUGAGAGUGAAUUUUUCAAUGAUCAAGUUCAAUCCUUGCGGAGUUCUAUCCCAGCACCUCCUGCAAACUUCAAACUGAGGGAAGACCAUUUGUCUGGAAGCUCAAUUAAAGCACCGAGAUCAUUUUUCUCCUUGUCAACAUUUCGGAGCAAGGGAAGUGAGUCAAAACCUAGAUGAUUGUCUUUCUUUGCCCAUCAUUCAAGUUGUGUUGUCCGAACUUAAAGCAAUAUUCAUUGGAGAUUCCUGAUGAUGGAACCGAAUAAACUUCCAUUGGCCUCAACUUAGGAAAGUUGAGCUUGAAUACACCUCAUGUACAAAUUCGCGAGAGUACAGUUUCAAUUGGCGGAAUGAUAUGUGAUUUUGGUAGUGAAAGAAGCAUUUUCCCUAUUAAUUCAGGUAAUUUGUAAUAGAUUGUGCAGAUGUUUGUCAAAAAGUUAGAUUCUUGUCAAAAUCAUCAUAUAUUGUAAGAAGAUCGAAGAAGAGGUCUACUGUUUAUGCAAUUAGAACAGCUUGUAAAAAGACGGUGUACUGUUGACAGCUUGUAAAACAGACAGUGUACCACGAGUAUUAUGUGCACCUUGUCUUAUUUUUGGCGCUUCCGACCAUUCCUUGUUGAUAAGAUGAUGAUUGUUACUACGGUUGUGUAACUCUAAUGGAAAUUUAAGGUAGGGUUUAUGUAUUAUACAAGUAUCUUAGUGGCCGAUCCUUCCCAAGAAAAAGUACAUUCUGGAGUUUUGUUGAAUGGGUUGGGAUGAGAAAUACUAAUACUAACAAAGGAUCAUCCUUCUAUGCCAGUGUAAGUGUUGUAAACAUGUCCCGUAUGUAGCUUAAAUCCUUUGAAGUGGGUGGGUUUUUGGCCUUACAAAGAUGAAUUUGGCGUGAUCUGAUAGUGAAGUAUUACAUAUUUGUCAUAUUAGCUAGUAACCCGUUUUUGUCCUAA